AUGGUCCAGCGACACAAGGUCUUGGAGACCGAUAACCCGACUGCAAAGUUUCUCUACACUAUCAUCAAGCAGUUGGACCUGAAGUCGAUCAACUGGAAUCGUGUUGCCUCUGAGCUAGAGAUAUCCAAUGGUCAUGCUGCUCGCAUGCGAUAUUCCCGUUUUCGGCAACAGAUGGAUGGUACUACAGGAGUGGCUCGGGCAAAGAGAAAGCCGAAGAAAGUCAAAACAGUGGACCCCCCCACCGAUAUGCAAAUGCGACCAGGCUUCCCAAUGGAUCUAUCCGGGAUGCCCAAGAUGGAACCCAUAGAUACAUCUUUGCGCAGCAACCCAUUUUUCAAAGGCGAAUCGAGAAUCCAAGGGUACUCAGGCAUGCAGGAUUAUGCGAAUUACUCUCAGUCAAUGCCUGACAACAGCAACAACAACAUCAUCCAAUCCUACCCUUACCUGCCACAAGACUUUGCAUCAAGAGGGUUCCAAUAUGCGGCUCGAAUGUCGUCAGGGCUACCACUCGUUAGCCCAGGGACAUCUUUCAUGAACCCAUACCAAUCUCCGGAAAUUCAAAACAGCUAUGCAUAUGCAUUGACAGCCGGAUCAACAGGCUUUGAGACACAGGACUUUGGAAUGCAGUCUACAAUGACCAACUUCGGUCCAACUAUCAGCUGGGGGCAGCGACCUUCUUCUCCUCACAAUCCACAGGCUGUGAAAGUUGAAGGGAGACAACAGCCCGAAGCUGGAACCUUGAAUUUUGGCGAGCAGCUCAACAGCUUGCCCGUUCAACCUGAAACGCAGUCGCCCAUGACCAGAUUUGGCCCAAUCGUCAAUUGGGAGCAGCGGACCUCUUCUCAUGAGAGUCCCCCGAACGUGAAAGUUAAGGAGGAGCAACGGACUGAAGUGGAAGCAAUGGAUCUUGCUGAACAUUUUAAAAAAACGCCUGUCCAACAUGUUGAUCAUUCCAUGAACGACGUUGUUGAUGGUCUUGCUGAACAAGAUGUUCAAUAUCCCAUUCAAGGAGCAGUCCAGAACUUAGCCAGCCAUUACGUCGAGUCAACCGCUCACAACCAGGUUCAAAAUGCCACUGACUGUCAAGCUCAAUAUCCCAGCCAGAACUCUGUCAGAACCCCGAGCAGCCUUCACAUUGAUCUGUCUGCUCAAGCUCAACCUCAGCAAAUUGCUGAAGAGAAUCUUCACCAUGCUCAACAAAAGCCCCAGGACAUCAUCGCUGGCCACCGGGUUGACAGCCCUGCUUCAAUCCAGACACAACCUACUACACCAAGUCCGACCAAAAGUCCCAUCAGAAACUCAGCUGGUUAUCUUUUGGAAAAGGAGAUCGGUCAGCUCGUUCAGAGGCCCAUUCAACAGCCCGAUCCAAAAAGUGAUCAGCAAACCGUGGAAACGUCUGCCCAAGUAGCCUCACAAAAGGCUGCCCAGGAACCAAUUCAACCCGUUCAGCCCGUUCAGCCUAUCCCACUUAUUCAGCAGCCCGCUCAGCAACUAGCUCAGACACCGGAUCGAACUCCCAUCCAAGAGCCUGCUCAAUGCAUCCUGCGUCCAGAUCAGUACUAUAGUGAGCAGCCUACUCAGCAACCCAGCCAACCACCUGCUCAAAAUCCCGUUCCAACCAUUGUUGAUCACCAAUUUGACACCUCCCCCCGCUAA